AUGACUAAUUCAUUGGUGCUCAUUCUUGCUCCGUUGGCACUGGUUGCCAUCGGAGAUGCUGCGUUCGGCAAUACUUCAAAGAUCUUUGAGAUUCCGGGUCUAGAAGUUAUGGCUUCCGAUAAAUAUCCACACUUUACAACGAUUGAAACAGUCAGCAGAACGAAAGUCCAUCGACAUCGACGCGAGGUGAUAGCUGGACCAAUUUAUGACUGGAGUUCCUAUGAAAUUCCUUUCCAAAUUUGGGGUGGCGAUUGUGAUGAAAGUACCCGACGAGGGCAUGUGGACACUUGUAGACGAAUCACGCGUAUGGCAAAAAAGUAUAACUUUCAAAGCUUGAUCCGGCGCGGGAUUCGAAUGUGGGAAGAGUCGACAUGUUUGAGGUUCAGAGAAAAUAUGCAGAGCCGCGAUGCCAUCCGAUAUGUGCUAGAGAAAGGAGACAGUUGCUUCACUGAAUACAUCGGAAGAAACGGAGGUCAUCAAGACAUCAUCAUCGGAUCAGAAUGUGCUGAAGAAUAUGUGGUUGCUCACGAGACAGGACACGCCCUUGGUUUCUGGCACACUCAUCAGAGACCGGACCGUGAUCGUCACAUCUCAAUCAACUGGAAGAAUGUGAUGGAAGAGGCAACUGCUUCAUUCAUGCCGUUCCGAUCAAUGCUCCAAGCUUUUGGUAUUCGGCAGGUCUCGCCACGAAGAAUUCCAUAUGAUUAUGGUAGUUUGAUGCAUUAUCAUGCAGUUGCACAUGCCGUCAAGGUUUCUGAUUUUACUAUUGUUCCAAAGGAAUUGAAAUAUGUCACAACAAUGGGAACAGAGAAAAUGGCAUUUUUGGAUGCAAAGGUUAUCAAUGAUAUUUACUGUCCAAACGCCUGCCAAGGAAGGCACCAUCUGAAUUGUCUUGCUGGAGGAUAUCCAGAUCCAAACAACUGUAACGUCUGCCGUUGUCCAGAAGGACUUGGAGGAGCCGAUUGUAGUAGACUUCAGCCAUCACCAUGUGGUGGUGAAAUCCAUGCAUCUGAUCAAUGGCAAACGUUGUCCAGUCCUCAAGGACGAGAUGUUCAUUGCUAUUGGAGAAUCUCUGUACCCGAUGGUUCCAGAGUUCGUUUCCGUCUCUCGGAUGGUGAAUUCCCGUGUUCGUAUGGUUGUCAAUCGUACGUCGAGAUUAAACACAAACUGGAUGUCAGGCUUACUGGAUUCAGAAGUUGUUGUUACCGACCAAAAGAAGAUACUGUAUCUGAAAGUAAUCAAAUCUUUGUGAUCUACCAUCCAAAUGGACGAACUGCUCGAUUCUCACUUCGAUUCCGUCGUCAAACCUAA